AUGUCGUUAUUAGAACAAUUAGCAAGAAAGAAGCUAGAAAAAGCUAAAGGUCUCUCAAAUAUUGAUCAAUCACAUAAUACUUCUAAAAGUGCAUCACUACUAGAAAAGUUACAUAAGAACAGAGAAACUACAGAUAGCAAUGCUGAAACGAAAAAGAAAGAUCUGAGGACUCUUCUUGCAAAAGACAGGAUCAAAAAGGGUGACAAUAACCCGAACCAACAUACUUUCUCAUUAAGUUUGAAAUUGUCUGCCUUAAAGAAAUCAAAUAAUGAUAUGACAAAAGGAAAACUAGAAACACCAGGGAGCACCGAAAAUGAACUUCAUAUCAAAGAAAAAUCUUAUGUUAAUUCCAGCUUUGAAGAUCCAUGGAAAAUCAUAAAUGAAAUAAAUCAGUACUGUGUUUUAAAAAAAGAUGCGUGCGUAAAUCGAACUAGCGAUUUUGCCCUUACAAACUUUAUUAUAAAUAACAAAUCAAAAGGUCUAAACACGCAAGCCACCUCAUUAUCACCAGAAUCACCUCCAUCUUCAUCAUCACCAUCUCUUCUGAGUUUGGAAAAGCAUUAUAAUGAGCUUUUUAGCAUUUUUCUACCUUCUGCCCUGCCGAAAAAAUCUCGUAACAUAGCCAUUGAAAACUUUAAUAAACCUAGUCCCGACGAUAUAAUACAAUCAGCUCAGUUGAAUGCCUUUAAUGAAAGAUUAGAGAACUUAAAUAUUAAAGCAGUACCCAAGGCUGGAAAGGAUGAAUUGAUUGAGCUUCAAACACCUCCUACUGAACCAAUUGAUAUUCAUUCAUUCAUUGCCAACCAUCCUUUGGAUUUAACAUGUUUGUUACUCGGUGAUGCGAAUUCUGGUAAAUCUACUUUACUUGGACAUCUUUUAUAUGAACUAAACGAACUUUCUAUAUCUUCAAUGAGAGAACUACAAAAAAAAGCGAGUAAUUUAGACCCGCUUCUUUCCAAUCAUUUUAAGAUCAUUCUAGACAAUACUAAAAUUGAAAGAGAAAAUGGGUUUUCAAUGUUCAAGAAAAUGGUUAAAAUAAAGAAUAAUUUCCUUCCGUCAUCAUCCCUCACACUUAUAGACACGCCCGGCAAUAGCGAGUAUUUUAAUAAAGAGACCAUUAAUUCAAUUCUAACGUUUAACCCGGACGUUUUUGCAUUGGUUAUUGAUUGCAAUUAUGAGUUUUGGGAGAAAUCAUUAGAUGGUCCAAAUAAUCGGAUAUAUGAAAUUUUAAGGGUAAUAUCAUACUUAUACCAAAAGUCCACACGCAAGAAGCAUUUGAUAGUUCUUUUGAACAAAGCAGAUCUAAUAAGUUGGGACAAACAACGACUAGAAAUAAUUCAGUCUGAACUAAACUAUUUGUUGACGGAGCAUUUUCAAUGGAAAGCCGCACAAUUCCAAUUCAUUCCGUGUUCCGGCUUGUUAGGUUCAAAUUUGAAUAAUUCUGAAAAUGUUUCCAAGUCUAAAUACAAAUCUGAGUUUGACUCUAUCGAUGAUGUUCCUGAGUGGUAUGACGGACCGACGUUUUUCUCUCAACUAUGUACAUUAAUGGAAGCUAAUAUGAACAAGAUAGAAAGCACGUUGGAAGAGCCAUUUAUAGGCAUAAUAUUACAAUCCCCCGUUACUCAACCAUCAGCAGAGGCAAAUUGCUUAUCGCUAAAAGUUCUUAUUAAAAGCGGAUACAUUCAAUCGGGCCAAACAAUCGAAAUUCACACUCAGUUUAAGGGACUACAGUAUUAUGGUAUAGUUACGGAAAUGAGGAAAGCAAAACAAAUUUCGGGGACUAAGAAAACAAAACCUUUGGCAGUCGGUGUGAAUUCUGACAUUUUAGAAGUUUUGGUUAAGAUUCAUAAUACGGAAGACUUCAUGAAAAAUCGAACCCUCAUUCGCAAGGGUGAUUCAAUGAUUCUUUCCAGAAGGGCAAAUAAUUUAUCACCAAAUUUACCCAAAGUAUUGAAGUUGUCAACUUUGCGGUUAAUUAAGUUGUCAAUCCAAACGCAUAUGUUGAAUGAUCGCAUAGACUUGGGUUCUGAACUGAUUCUCUACCAUAAUUUGACGUAUAGCGUAGCCAAAUUAUUGAAGAUUUUUGGAACCAAUGACACCUCAAUUGGUCCGUAUCAAUCAUUAAUGGUCGAAGUUGAAAUUGUGGAACCAAAUUUUGAUUUAACUGUGAUCGAUUCUAAGUAUGUUACUGACAAUAUUGUUCUAACAUCAAUAGAUCAUAAAGUCAUUGCAGUAGGGACAAUUGUAUACUAA